AUGUUAUUAGGUCUUUUGAUGGGCGUAUACCAUCAGGGAGGAGUUGUCCCGACUCAAGUUUUCCUGAGUAAACAAUUAGAUGCCACUCAUGCUAUCUGGUGGAAAACAUAUAGUCCACCAAUCUGGCUACUGAACGGCAAAAAUGAAGUGCUUGACACUCAUGAUCUCAUGGGUAUCAAAGGAGAGCUCAUGAUAGAAGAGGUUACCAAACUAGCAACUUGUCUUCCAAAAUUCGGGGAAGAACUUUUAGAAGCUACCUAUCUAAUUGCACCCACAUCUGCCACUUUCCUGGACAAAUACACGGCAAAUCAGACAGAUUUGUAUUUUGAGGGAGUGUGGAAAUAUGAAAAACAUUUCAAUCUAGAUGAUAUGGAUUUUGGGGAUGAUGGAUUCUGGAAUACGAUUACAAGGGUGAUUGGGAGAAGAGGAAUUGCAGCAUGGAGAGUUACGAUGGAUUGUUCUGAAGAAAAGAAGGAUAUGAACAAAGUGGAAGAUAUCUCGAGGGAGGGAGAGAGUAGUCAGGAGUGGAAAGUCUAA